AGUGUCUCAAUCAGUUGAUGUUGAUGUCACGUCUCACCCAUUUGUUAUGCCCCCCUUACCUCAAAUUCUUGCCUCAAGACUACUUCGAUUUUGGCCGUAAUGUUCAAGAAGUUCUUAGAAGUGACUGUGCGUGAUUCUGGUAUUGUUGAGAAGUCAGGCAAAUUGCACUUGCACUAGGAUCAUCAACGAUCUUCUUCCCUUUAAAAUGGUGUCGUGGCGGUAAAGUGGUAGGAUAAAGUCCAGCCUUCUAGAUGGUGUACUUUAAGAUGGAGCUGCAUUCGACAUCAACACAUGAGGACAAUGAAAAUUUACUGCAGCACACCCUAGUACUCGACUUUGCUUUUUGAUUUAUCAUCAUCACCACCAGCACCAUGCUUGUCUUUCCUACUUCCAGCAAAUGUAAAUACCCUUUUCGUUUUCAUUUGUCCCUCCUUGUACUCGCCUCACCCAUUCAUGUACCUAAAAAGUAGUUCAAGUACAUUAUUAUACUAGAAAUGGUCAAUUAUAACAUCUUCCUGGUGUCAAUUGCAAGCAGUUGUAACUUGCUGCCACAUUCUGUUGAGUUUCAUGAUUUUUGGCCUCCCUCUUUCACCAUCUUGCUUCGUUGUUCUUGUAUGACAACAUUCUACAAGCUACUUCGGUCUUGUUCGCUGACACUGAGAAAAUGUUGACCGAGACAACGCACGAUCUCAGUGGAUUGACGACGCCUUUUGUUUGUGGUGCAACCGUCCCUGUAACAUCAUGUCUCCCAAACUGAAGAAGAGCACCGCAACGCCCAGCACAAGAAGUACACGAGGUCGAAAUAGCAGAUCAACAUCAAGAUGAUGCACGGCCAGCACAUGCACGCUACAAUGCUGGGUCCUUCAAGUGGAGCCUUGGUAGACAAGCGUUCGACUGUUCACAGUGCGUUCAUCCAUCUAGUGGUAUACCUAAUUGGCCUUGGGGUGGUCGGCAUCUUCUACCUGAACUACUUCGUUUUGGAGAGCUAUUUCCUAGCACUUUUCUGGGCAACCGUGGCGAGCAUUCCGUUGUUUCAGGUGAAGAACUGGCUGUGUGAGCUCAUCUUGAACUACUUCAUCGGAGAGGAAGACUUCGCGCUUGGAUACUUUGGAGGAGAUGAUGGAGAUGCUGCGGACGGGGACUCAACAUCGUUGCUAGCGGAAGAGGAAGCAGAUGAUCUCGAUCCUACGAGGACCUUAUCAUCUUCAUCGUUUGGUGAAGAUCUGCAGCUUCGGGGUCAUGUCUUCACCUCAGAAAGUGGAGCAUCUUCGAAGCCUUACCGUCGCGGAGUGAUCGCUUCUUCGUCAACCUCUUCGCUGGCUUCUGGGUCUGACGAAGAUGAUGAUGAAUAUCCCCACCAUGCUGAUCAGACGCUGAGAAGUACGGCCGAUUCCAGAAGACGAGAGUGUACUUUGUCGAAGUCUGGAGGCAUCGGAGGACCUAGUAAUUAUUAAGGCUCAGCUUUCAAUGGUCAUUGGGGUUGGUCACUGAGAUCGAAGAAGCGACCCCUUUGGAGAACAGGGGAAAAGGACGGGAAAGGAGGGAGCUUUAAAGGGGGUCUCUUCCGUUCAGCAUCAGUGACCAUUGAAUGCUGAGCUUUAAAAUUACGUGCGCAAGUAUUGGUUUUUCUCCCACACCUUCGGUCUUGAUGAGGUCAGAUGGUACAGCAGGUACGAAUCGAUGGGUGCUGUCUUUGUUCGCGACAUUCCUAUCAUACUGGACGUGGUCUACCGUCUCGCUUAUUGGAUUGCCUUGCAGCCGAUAGCGAACUUUUUCUCCUCUUCAGCUGAACAAGAGUCUGGAUCUAGUGGAGGUGGUCCUAAAAAUGCAGGAGGCGGUGGAUUCGGCGCGGACGAUAAGAUAAUGAGCAAUUUGAAUACGAGUUAAGGCUCGUAAUAAUUCAUCUUCACAGGAUUAUCUCUAGCUCUACAGGAGGUUAGUUAGCUGUGUGUUUGUGUUUCAUUCUCCACCUUCUCAGUUUCUCAGAGGAUGAGGAUGAGCUACUUCAAAGGUGAAUUAUUGUGAGCGCUAAAGUAGCACAAGGACGAGUAGAGACGAAGAUGACGGCGCAGGAGCUUCUUGGCCUUGGUUCGCUCUUCUGUAUCGAGCAGUAGUUGUCAGGGCUUGUUACCUGACUUACAAACUCGACCCAGAAUUCUUUGACCCGCUAGGCGCGACGGCCAGUGUCGUCUACUUCUUUUUGAUCUCGGCUUAUGGGUUGCUAAUCCUCAUUCGACUCGUUCACGGCAUCGUUCACUUUUCGACAGGAGGCCAACAACCCUCUAGUAGGGCCUCAAGAGCACCAUCAUUCAGUAGUUCGAAAAACGGAGAAGAUAAAGACGCUGAUGGAGAUCAACUGCCUAUAAGAGCAAGUCACGCUCCCGAGCAAGUGACGUUCGCAAAAGCCUUUGGGAGAUAUCUAAGGGGAAGACAAGAAAGCGGAUCCGUCGGACCUGGAAGAGGGAGCACGACGCCAACAAUUAUGAAACAUCAUCUUGUAGAAGAUGAGAUCUCAAUAUUUUUUCUAAAAUUGUACUUACAAUGAAUCUUGGUGUGGGUCGGAUAGAUUUAGAUGAGACUGAAAUGGGGGGACGCAAAUCAUGUGAUCCGAUGCGAGGGUCCUUGUAGAGUGAAGACCCUGAGUAUUAUCGAUUUAAUAUCUACGAAGUUUUUCCUGCAUAUCAUACUUAGAUGAUUUUCCCUUGAUACUAGCUCUAAGGGACCAACAGUUUGGGGACGCACUCGCACAUCUGCCAGAAUUUCGCGUAGGACGCACAUCUUACAAGAGAAAGAGUCACCUAGGACAAACUCGAGGGAGCGAGGUUUCAGCCACACAUCCAGCUUAGUAGUCAGCCAAACUGAAACUACUACAGGUGAUAACUACAAUUAUGACUGAUGUAGGGAAUUCAUCUCCCGUGUCAUCUGGCGGAAGACAACAUCAAGACGAAAAAGAGAGCCAGACGAUUCCUGAGAUGAAUUCCCUAUACCUCUAAAAUAAGUCCAGUACACCUGGUCAGAGACGUGGAGCCGAACAGGACCGCGGAGAUGCGGGCAUACGCAACCAUUUGAUGCGGCAAGAGCAAGACCCAAGGCUCACUUACUCCUCACGUGUCACUUCGAAAGAAGCUCCAUCCAGCCAGGACGCUCAAGGCAGUAUGACUGACGAGUCGACCCCGCCAAGAACAGAUGAAAAACGCGAGCCAUUGGCCGAAACCAUACCAGGUGAUGAAGAUGACGCACGAAGCAAAGCACAACAUGAAUCCAAAGGAGACAUCAAGUCUGAUGCAAGAGCAUCGUCAUCUCCGACAACCGUCGGGGGAGGAGAUCAGAGAGUCCUAGACGACAAGUCUGACAGCCUCAUAGAUUCGAACGAUCACGCUGCGAGACUCUCGCUAUUCCAGCAGCUUUUUGUUUACAUCACAGAAGCAAUACGCGAGGCCUACUAUUUUACGCUUGCCACGAUUCUCACGGAUCAAAUCCAUACGAUCCUAGCGAUCGUGAUCAUUGUGGGUGCUGCGGUCUUGGGUUCGGUUUUUAUGGUUUUGUGCGUAUCCGAACUGGCGAGAGAAGCGGUUUUCGUGUGGACAGAAGCCCAAGUGUAUGCUGAGAAUCACGAGUUAUUCCAGCAGCGGGUCAUGCCUAUGCUGAUAGGACUCGGUCAGGCGAUGCACGCGCUCAAAAUAGGAGGUGGAACAGCAACAUCUUCUUCGAGCCCUACUUCUGUUGCUAGCGGAGUAGGAGUUGCACCAACUGCAGGAGGAGUCUCCGUACUAGGGUCCCUAGGCUCUACUUCUUCUGUGGGAACGACUAGUAGUACACUAGUAUCAACAUCAGAAGAUGCAAGUUCUUCAAGUGCAGGAAGUGGAGGGGCGAGUGACGCCUCCUCACCUUUCUCGACAGCAGCAACUUCUCAGAACUUGUACACUAGUGGCUCUAGUUCUUCCCCGGCCACGUCUGCUCCAUCCCCGUUCUCACCAACGUCGCCGAUCUCAAGUAAUCCAUUGUCCUUUACCGGCUCGUCACCCAACAACAGCACGUUAACCACAUCUUCACCACAUCAAGUGCUAUCCCACGAGCAGCGGAAUCUGACGCAGUACUACAGUGAGUACUUUCAAGGUUGGCUUGAGCGAAAUCUUGCAGAGUACGAGUUCAUCAAGUUGAUGUACGAUGUUUACACGACCCAGGAACCGCAAACAGUUUCGGCGAACGUAGGAGGUGGCUCUAUAAUGAUGUCUGCUCCUCUUGUUGAUGGUGCAGCAAUACAAGCACAACAUCAAUAA